UUGUUUUUUAAAUGCAGAAUUUGUUUAAAGUUGGAGCCUGAAGAUGUGAUCAGAGCAGUAAAAGCAGGUUUUGAUCGUGGUGAAAAAGCAUUUGGCGUGAAAGCACGUUCAAUUUUAUGCUGUAUUCAUGGAUUCCAUGACUGGAAUAAUGAAAUUCUUGAACUUGGUACCACAAAAUUAUCAAAUGAAGGGGUCGUUGCUAUUGACAUUGCUGGAUGCUCGUUAGGAGCUGAUGAGCAAUAUCCGCAAGGUACAGCAGCGAAACGAGGUAUUCAUCGCACCGUGCAUGCUGGUGAAAGUGGUGGUUCAACGGAAGUCGUAAAAGCAGUUGAAGAAAUGUGUGCAGAACGAAUUGGCCAUGGUUAUAGACUUCUUCGAGAUGAAAAUGCUUAUAAAAAAUAUGCAAUUGAAAAACGGAUACAUUUUGAAGCAUGCCCACAAUCAUCUAUAAUGACUGGUUCUGUACCACUUUUAUGGUGCCAACAUCCCGUAAAACGCUUCGCAGAGGAUGGCAUUAAUUUUUCAUUAAGUACCGAUGAUCCGACAUGUUUUGAUAAUAAUUUGUUAAGUGAAUAUCAACUUGCUCACGAGGAAAUUGGUCUAACCAUUCAACAACUUUGGCAAUGUAGUUUGAAUGCUGCUCGUUCAUCUUUUGCUGAGGAAUCGUUGAAGAGUGAAAUAAUUAGAAUGGUUGAAGCUGCUGAAGUGAGCAUUACAAUCUGAAA